UCAACAAUCAAAGAAUGAUUUAUUUUAAAUAAGUGUUAAAGAAAAUAUUUUUUAUACAAUAUGGAUGAUGAUACAACGUCUUGUAUUAAAUUAAAACCAAAUUUAUUUUGGCAAUCAAUUAAUAUAUUAAUAAUAAAACCUCACGUAGUCAACAAAAGGUUAUGGGGAUGCACUAUUCUGAAUAGAUAUUAUGUACAAGACAAUGAUAUUUCCUGGGAAAAUGAAUUGAAAAAUUGGCAACUAGAAAUUGUAAACAAAAAGCAAUUUUUAGAUGAUAUCCUUAAAAACAAACAAGUCAAAAUAGUUGGAGAAUGUAAAACUGAAAAUGAAAUUUUAUUAGUCGAGCUUCUUCCCAAAAGUUACCUCGAAUCGCAUGCGUUUCAAAUAAUUUAUAAAAAUAAAUCUGUAACACAAGUAGGAUUUUUUGAUGUGACCCCUGCGGAAAAUGAACAAAACCUAUGUCCAACAUUUUCUUAUAGCUUUUCUUUACAGGGGGAUGAAGUUAUAUUAAAAACUUUUUCUGAUAAUGUUACUAAAUCUCACCAAUGGUUACAAAGUACUGUCUUACCUCAAGUCCUAAAAUGGUGUCAUGAAAUAUCUACAAAACAAGUUCAAAUAUGCAAUGAAUCUUUAGCAUUAGUACCAAAUGAAGAAUACUAUACAAAAUAUAAUGAACUUAAAUUGACAUAUGGUAAAGAGAUGGUUAAGAUUUGGCCAGAAUGUACAGACCCAACAAAGUUUGUUUAUGAAGAUAUUGCUAUUGCUACGUACUUGCUACUUCUGUGGGAGACAGAUACUAAGCCACAAUCAUUUGUUGAUAUUGGAUGUGGCAAUGGUUUGCUUGUUUAUAUUUUAAGUAUGGAGGGACACACUGGAUAUGGGGUUGAUGUUAGGAAGAGAAAAAUAUGGGACUUAUACCCCAAUAAUAUUAACUUAAAAGAAACAACAGUAACUCCAUCAAAUAUGCAUAUCUUUUCUGAUGUGGAUUGGAUUAUAGGAAAUCAUUCCGAUGAACUUACUCCAUGGAUCCCAGUUAUUGCUGCACAAAAUUCCUAUAAAUCAAAUUUUUUCCUGCUACCGUGUUGUGCGUACAACUUUGAUGGUACAAAAUAUCAAAGACAAAAUUCAUCAAAAAGUCAGUACACAGAAUACCUGGAAUAUGUUAAAAAAGUAUGUGAUAAUUGUGGUUUUGAAACCGAAAUAGACAGAUUGAAAAUUCCAAGUACAAAGAGAAUCUGUUUUAUUGGUAGGAAGAGAACCUACAAGGAAAAUGAACAUGAGAAGUUUGUAGCUUGUAUUCAGUACAUGAUUAGUAAUCAAAUAGGCUUAAGUAUGACUAAUGAAACAGAUCAAGAUAUUAAAACAAAAGAAUUUAAAACGAGAGACCCCAUUGAAAGAGUAAGAAAUUGCACACAGUUAGAUAAAAAUAUUACAGACUCUAUAAUAAGUUGUAUUUCAAAUUAUUUGCUUGAUGGAUGCAAUUUAGAGACAAAUUGGUCAAAGGGAAGUAGUGUUGCUAUUCAUAAACUUAUAAAACUUCUACCAUCUGACAAAUUAAAAGCUUUAAAAUCUGAAUGUGGUGGUUUACAAACUUUGUUAAGAAAUAAUCAUCACAUAUUUGAAGUCAGAAAUGGUUGUGUGAAUUUACGGUAUCCAAGAACUAUAGAUGAGGUAAAAAAUCAUGCUAGGAGCAAAAAAUAUAAUGAUGGUUUGAAAAUGCAAAUAAAACCAUGUUGGUUUUAUAAUAAUCACCCACAAGGUUGUCCUUUAGACAGCUCAGUCUGUAGUUUCCUGCACGAGAUGUCAACAUGACAGUACCACUAACUAAAUGAUGCAAUAAUAUUUUUUAUGACAAAACUAUGUAAGAAUUAUAUUAUGAAAUAAUUAAAAAAAUAAUUGUACCAACAACUUUUAUUAUCAUUUAAAUGCCAAAACAAAUAUAAAAAUAUAUCAUGUCUUAAUACACUAGAAAUAGAUUAUUUAGUAUUGCCCUCUGCCAUUGAAAUAUCACAGUGUGAUAAUGCUUACAAAAGUACAUUAUUAUAAUAAUAAAGACUUAUAUAACUAUUUCAA